AAAUAUCAAGCUCACCUGCCGGCUGCCGAAGGCUGAGUCAGUAAAGCAGCCGCCGUCGCUCAGCCGGCUUCUCUUUCGCGUUACAGUCACCUACAGGUCAAGUCACUGCUUCUAGAACUGGUCGUGUUCAUCACUCCACAUCGCUGGCCGCAGUCAAACGGCUCGAUAUUUCCAUUAGACAAGAAAAAACAGUCCCAUCUCACCGCGACUCGCACGUGCCUAUUCCCACGGGGCGGUGAGCUGAACCAGCUUAGCCACUACGACUUAUAUCUCUCAGCUUCCCUUUGCCUUGUUUGCAUCUCUCAACUUCUCCGUUUGCUAUAUCGCAAGAGCAAUUAAGCUCUCCACCAUGGCCACGAAGCUCCAUCUCCGUCCAAUCGCCGGCCUUCAUGCCGCCUUCGGCGUUUCAGUGAUCAUGCUCUGUCUCUUCGCCGCCGCCGGCGUCCAAGCCCAAUCGCCGCCGAAUGGAGACAACAGCAUCAAUCCGAAUUACUUCACAUCCGCGAAGUUCAAUCCAUCCAUGGCCGUCAUCAUCGUCGUCCUCAUCAGCGCCUUCUUCUUCCUCGGCUUCUUCUCCAUCUACAUCCGCCAGUGCGGCGGCGACCGGAUGGAUUCCCUCGCCGCAUCCGCUGCUGCAGCCAUCGGCGCCCGUUCCAGGAGGCAGCGCGGGCUAGAUCCAGCGGUUCUCGAAACUUUCCCCACCCUCGUAUACUCCGAGGUGAAGGAGCACAAGAUCGGCAAGGGCGCGCUUGAGUGCGCCAUCUGCCUCAACGAAUUCGAGGACGAAGAUACAAUCCGUCUUCUCCCCAAAUGCGACCACGUUUUCCAUCAGGAGUGCAUCGACGCCUGGCUCGCCUCUCACGUCACCUGCCCUGUUUGCCGCACUGAUUACACCGCCGUCUCCACCGAUGAAACUUCCAUCGAAGGGGCCACCGAUGCCCCGGCUGUGCAGGCAGCGGCGGAAUCCGCCCCGGCACCGGAUCCGACGCCGGCGGAUCAGGUGGUAAUCACUGUAGAUGAAGGUGUAAGGAAACAAGAGAUAAAGGAGCUCGCGCGGAUCGCGAGCAGGGUGAGGAGGAACGGUUCGAGGAGGCAGAGGACUCUUCUGCGAUCGCACUCAACAGGGCACUCGAUAACGCAGCAGGGGGAGGGUUUGGAUCGGUACACGCUGCGGCUGCCGGAGAACGUUCGGAAGGAUAUAAUAGCAGCCGGGAUGCUGCAACGGCAGAGGAGCUUAGCGGUAACUCGAGGAGGCGAGGGUAGCUCGAGGAGACCGGGUUCGAGGGUAAUCGGGGAUGAUAGCAGCCGCCGCGGGAGGACUGCGCGCCUUGGGCGGUCGGAUCGCUGGCCUUCUUUCUUGGUGCGGUCGCUAUCGGCGAAGAUUCCGGCGUGGGGGAACUGGAAGAGAGGGGACGAAGGGUCGGUGAAGGAAGGGUCGGUGAAGGAAGGAUCGAUGAGGGGGAAGUUCGCCGCCGCCGCCGGUUUUUCCAAGAAGAAUCCUGAUGAUUCGGAGUCGUCGACCGCCGCAUUGAACCGGGUUUAAGCACGCUUGCGUUCUGUAAUUUUUCUUUAUUUCCCUCUUUUAUUUAUUUAUUUAAUGUCAAUUAUUAGAAUAGAAUAAUACAAAAUUUUAGCGGUCGUAGGCCACCCGCUUCAGCAGCCCUUGACAGAGAAGGCCAAUUUGUACAUGGAAUAUUUUUUUAAUUACGUCCACAACUUUGCGUUUAUUUAUUUUGGAGACGCUUUGUAUGACUUUAA